AUAUGUAAACAGAGGCAGUGUCGCCGGCCAUGUCUACUGGAGCAGAACGGCUCGAGGGGACAGUGUAUUGUGAGUGUUGCUAAAUGUGCGUUUACCAACGAUCGAGAAAAGAAGCCAACUGAUUCCGAAAGGUGUUACAGGAAACAUGGGUCGUCGUCGGAGUAAACGCAAGCCACCUCCAAAACGCAAAAAUAUCGAAGCUUUAGAUACGAUGUUCAAUUGCCCUUUCUGUAAUCACGAACGUUCGUGUGAAGUAAAGAUGGAUCGAGUACGCAAUACAGGACGAAUAACAUGUAGGGUCUGUUUAGAAGAUUUUCAGACCCAGAUCACCUAUCUUUCUGAGGCAAUCGAUGUUUAUGGCGAUUGGAUCGAUGCGUGCGAAAAUGCCAAUCACUGAUGACGGAGAACAUGGAAAUAAGGAAGGGUAGCCCAAAAAAGAUCACAUUAACAUAUAAACUGGUGUAUACACAUUAUAUAUUUAUAUAUAAUAUAUACAGAUUUAUUGAACUGAUGCAAGUCGUGAGCUCUUCAGUUAGCGAAGAAUUAUGCAAAUGGUUGACUUAAUUACCGCCUAUGCUUGUGUAUAUAUUAUGCGUUGCGCGAAGAAGACUUAUAAAACCAUACCAUUGUUUGACUAAAUGCCAAAAUGUUUUAAAUAAACCAAAUGUGCAAAUUAUGUAAAUUAAAACCCA